UUUCUUCAUCUGGAAAGUAGUCUAUGUUGUAUAACUGUCAUUUAUAUAUCUAAAACUGUACACAAGUACUAGGCCUAUAAAUAGGAUGAUUCGGAAACUUCAAUGUAAACGAUUCAGAGUAAAAGACUCUAAUUGAACUUUCGACAGUGUUUGAUUAUAUUUAAUUAUAGUACUUUUAAGAAUUUUCUCAGUAAGUGAUUGAAAGAGUGCUGAAAGAAUGAACGUGAGACACGCAGUUGUAGUGAUCGUUGGAGGAGGAAGCGGUAUCGGUUGCACCUGUGCUGAACAGUUUUUGAGUUCCAAGGCUGAGUUCGUGGCAAUUUUGGAUUUACCAAACUCAAAUGGAAGAGUCGUAGCAGAUACAUUGGGCAUUCAGCAUGGUGCACACCGUGUGGAUUUCUUCAUCUGUGAUGUCACAAACAGUGAGCAAGUAAAUGCGUGCUUCGAAAAGAUCCAACAAUUGUUAGGGAGCUUCGAUGUUCUCGUCAAUAGUGCAGGAGUUUUGACCAAUGGAGAAAAUUGGGAAAGCAUGAUAAAUGUGAAUUUCACUGGACUCGUACGUAUGACUCUAAAGGCCAUCGAUGCAAUGGGUAAACACAGAGGUGGUAAAGGUGGUACAAUAAUAAAUAUUUCCUCCAUGGCUGGACUCGCACCUGCAGUUUAUUAUCCAAUUUAUGCCGCAACGAAACAUGCCAUCGUUGGAUUUACCAACAGUUUAGCGCUCAGUUACAAUGAAACUGGCGUUCGUAUGAUGCUGGUGUGCCCUGGACGUACAAAUACUCCCUUAACCACAAACUUGUACAACUUUGAAAAUCCACAUUUAAAUUUCAUUAACGUUAAUAGAGCGUUGAUGUGUUUGAGAACAUCGGGUAACCAGCCACCAGAGUGUGUGGCGAAAGCGAUAAUCCGGUUGAUAGAGAAAGAAAAAAAUGGCGCUAUAUGUUUGGUACAUGAUGGGCAACCGCCUUAUAUCGUUAAUGUUCAGACACUCGAUAAUUUAGUGAAGCGUCCCCUUUAGAGAUAAAAUGUACGAUAUUUGCGAAAUCUAUAAGUGUAAAUCACGUAGAGUUUUUGUGAUUUCUUAUCCAUCGAUAAUACGAUAAUUUUAUCGGUCGUCGCCGUAAUCAUUGAUUUUAAUCAAUCGGUAUAUUUCGCGAUUGAUAACAAAUACAUUAAUACAUUAUCACAAACUAUCUUAAAUGCAAAUGUAUUAAUCGCGCUUAUGGACUGGCAAAGUAAAAAAAUUUUCUAUAUUGUUUUAUGCAAAUAUUUUUAUAAAGUUUUGUAAAAUAAAAUGUUAGCAACUGCAAAAAUGGAAACAAGAA